AUGGCUGCCAAUGAGUUCAUGGGAGACCUUGAUAUCCCAACAAUUCCAACAUCCCCUUCAAGCAUUUUACUACCCACUGUAGCUCGAAACUAUGAGCUUAAAUCUUCUCAUCUUAAUAUGUUACCUUCCUUUUAUGGUUUACCUAAUGAAGAUCUAUUGACUCAUAUAAAGGAUAUUUUUAAUGUUGUGAGUUCUUUUCCCUUGACAGGUGUGACGGAAGAUCAACUUCGAAUGAGAGUGUUUCCUUACACUUUGAAGGAUAAGGCGAAAUAUUGGUUGAAUUCUUUGAAGCCUAGUUCACUCACUACAUGGGCUGCCAUUCAAAAGAAAUGUUUAGAGAAAUACUUCUCCAUCCAAAAGACUGACAUGCUCAGGGACAAGAUCUUGUUAUUUGCACAGCAAGAUGAUGAGUCGUUUUGUGAAGCGUGGGAGAGAUUCAAUGGGCUGCUUAAUCAAUGUCCUCAUCAUGGGAUUCCUUUGAAACUUCAAAUGCAACAAAAGCUAGAUGCUCUUCUUGCAUUGAACUCAAGAAACCCUCCGAAGGAAGUGUGUAGCAUCUGUGAAACUCAGGACCAUGCCACCAUAGCUUGUCCACUUGGGGCUACAUAUCCAGAAUUUGUGCAAGAGCAAGCUAAUGUGGUAAAUUCCUACAACCAAGGUCCAAGAAAUGAUCCAUACUCUCAAAGUUAUAAUCCAGAAAAUGAAGAUGAAGAGGAGGAGACCAUAGCUAUGGAAGGAGAACAGCUCAAAACUUCUCAAUUUGCCCCUAAUGCCAAAUCAGAUUCUCAGGAACCCAACAAAUUCCAAUUGCAUAAAAGAGGUGAUAAAUUUGUGCCACCACAUCUUCAAGAAGAUAGAUACGUGCCACCCGCUCCAUAUGUUCCACCUAUUCCAUUUCCAGGCCGUCUUCAGAAAGCAAAGCAAGAUAAGGCUUUUAAAGAGAUUUAUGAUAUUUUGAGUAAAGUUAAUAUCAAUUUGCCUUUGCUUGAUGUUAUUGAACAGAUUCCUGCAUAUGGAAAGUUCAUCAAGAACUUGAAAACUCACAAGCUCAAUUUUGCUCCAAAUGAAGAAGUAAAGCUCAACAAGAAUGUAAGUGCUGUGUUGCAAAGGAAGCUUCCACCAAAACUAGAUGAUCCUGGCAGCUUUGACAUUCCCAUUAACAUUGGAGGCAAGAAGGUUGGAAGAGCCAUGUUGGACUUGGGAGCAAGCAUCAAUGUUUUGCCAUAUUCAGUUUAUCAAGAGCUUGGCUUAGAAGGGAUGAAGAAAACUUCAAUGCGACUUGAACUAGCUGAUCAUUCUAUAAAAUAUCCAAAAGGUAUUGUGGAAGAUAUUUUAGUUCAAUUUAAUACACUAAUUCUCCCUGCUGAUUUUGUAGUAAUGGACAUGGAGGACAAUCCAAAUGGAGAUCGUGUUGAUCCCAUUCUCUUAGGCAGGCCAUUCAUGGCCACUACAGACACAAUCAUUAAAGUGAAAGAUGACACCCUUUCCAUGACUGUUUUGGGUGAAACUGUUGAAUUUAAAGUGUUUGAUGCUCUAUCUCAACCUUCUAUCUCUCUUGAUACUUGCUUUUCAAUUGAUGUUGUGAAUCAUGAGGUUUCCUCUAAAAUUUUGCAGAAAAAGUCUAAUGAUGCUCUAGAAGCUGUCCUAACACAAGAAGAGGAAGAUCUUAGUGAGCCGGAGUUCCAAGAAGUGUUGGCUACCUUAGGAGUGUUUCAGCCAUACCCACCAUCCUUUAGGCCACCACUCGAGCCUCCAUUAUCAUCCUACCAAAGCUAG